CGUCAUAGGCCCAGUUUAAGUAAACGUUUACCCUAGCUACUCGCUAGUCCUGUUAGCUAGCUAGUUGACACUUUGCAGUAGUAACUCUUUGGUGCCGUAUUGGUUAAAAAUGAGUUUAGACACACUUUUCCAACAAAUUCUUGUAACUGAACAACAGUUAACUGAACAGACACAGAAAGUCAAAGAAGUCAAAGUAGCCAUCAUCAGAUUUAAUGAGAAGAUCAAGAGCGCCGCUGAGAAGAAUGAAAAGACCAAUGAGGAACUGGAUAAAACGGCUCAGCAGUUGUCCGCAAUGAGGCUGCAACAUGACCUGAUGAAGAAAUGCGUAGACCAGAUGUUGAAAAAAGUGGAGGAACUGCUGUGCCUAAGAAGCCAACGAAGGGAACGUCUUACUCAGAUAAAGCAGGAGUGUAAAGAAGAGGAGCAAAACUUCCUUCGAGAGAUCUCAAUGUUCAACAGUGACUUCAGUCUCUGUGGGAACAGAAGCAUAGUGUUCCAGAGCCAAACACACGCUGAGAUCCUGGACCUGCAGAGGGAGGUGGAAUCAUUAUACAAAGAGAUGGAGCUGAUGAGCCGCAGGAACAACCACACGAGCGCCAUGCAGGUGGAGAGGCGAGCGCUCCAGCUCACGCUGCGGGGCCUGGAACGCACCCAGAGAGACCUGGAGCAGCGAUUGAUUGAAGCCGAAGCAACAACUGCGUCUCUGAGAGCCGAGCGCCUGUCGGUGAGCCGCAGACCUCUCACUGACGCCACCUGUCUGAGGCUGAGGAAGGAGCUGGAGAUGCAUAAAGAAGAAGAGCUGGAGCUGCUGCGAGAGGCGCUCAGCUCCGAGAUCCACUUCCUGAAGUCGAAGCUGGACGGCAGCCAGGGAGCAGAGCAGCAUUAGGUUUGGCACAAUGAGGAGACAAAGACACUCAAAGCCAACGUGAACAUGAAUAAAGAGGAUGGAACAAACACA